CAUUUCGUUGGGCGUGACUGGUGUGAGAGAGACCCGCCGACUUACGUCGUCUAUUGCUCCGUUUAUUAACGGCGUUAACUCCUCUUUUGUCUUCUUACACCGUUUGGUAUCGAUUUUCACAGACUUAGGGUUUUGAUUAUCGGCUCCCUCUUCCCUCCUCCAAACGCCCCUCCACACAAAUUUUCCCUAUGAAAAUCAUCACACUAAGCCAAUUUUUCCUAUCUAUAUAGCUGGUGAAAAAGAUCAGAUCGGAUUGGUCUAGUUAUGAAUUGAGGGUGUAAGUAAAUAUAGAGUUGGCUUUUAAGCUGUGAAAAUUCUAUCAAAGCUCAGCUCUGUGUUUAUAAACAUCAUGAUGACCCAUAUGUAUAUACCUAGUGGUGACAUCAACGGCAACUGCAAACCUAGAUCUCAGGAAUCAGUUUGUGGUUGAUGGAUCAAUGGUGAGGGCUCAUAUUCUUCGAUUACUCAGGUUGAACUUUUUCAUCCAUUAUAGAAACGAAGAGUUGCAGUCUCUUAUAGAUUAAGAGAAUGAUAACUCGAAUGUAGCUUCAACUUCAGAAGAGAAAUGAUGAUUAUAGCAGCCAUGUCCAAGGGUAGUGAUCCUUCAAGGGGGCUCUGGCUUCAGAAGUUAACUAAAAUUUUCCCUCGGAUGAUUAAUUUCCAGGGAGACAGAGAACAGAUCCAAUUCGAGUCAGGCGACAUACAUCUUCAAUUUUAGGGUUUAGUAAUAUCUUCCAUUUUCCAGUUUGUUUAAGACUGAUCUGGAGUUAGAGUUCUAUUGUAGUCUUCUUAUCAUAGUUUUGGGUUUCAACUUGUGGAUAGAUAUUAGUCUAGUAAACAGAAAUGAAUGCAAAUAUUGAAGAGGCAUUGGAUAGUGGUCCAAGAGUCACACUCAACUUAAAAAGAAAGCGGUCAACCCGGUGUGCUGCAUAUUUUACAGGAGCUACCCGCUCAGAGUUGCCGCAGUCACCGAACUCUAGUAGGCAUGGCAAGCGAAGGAAAUUAAAAGGAUGCACAAGCAGUGGAUCUCAUUCUAGGACAUCUUUGCUGAAAUGUUAUUUGAAUUUUAUGAGAAGUGGUGCACCACAGCGUCUAAUGUUUCAUCAGAAUGGUAAAUGGACUGAUUUCCCUGAAGAUCUUGUUGAGAUGGUCCGAAAAGAUGUUAUUGCGAAGAAGGCAACUAGUGAAAUUGAGUUGCAUGGUCGGCAAUAUGUGCUUGAUUUUUUGCACAUGUUCAAAGUGGAUUUGAGAUCAGGAUUCCAGCAACCCAUUGCUUGGAUUGAUGAAGCAGGAAGUUGCUUCUUCCCUGAAACUUUCUCGAAUGAUGCUGAAGAUGACAAUAAUGAUGCUGGUUACGAUGAUAACGAUGCUUUAGCUGAGUCUUGUGGGUCUCGUGAUUUCAAGUUGCAAGUGGAAAUUGAAAUAAAUGCAGUGGCUGAUACUAUGCUGGAUGAAUGUUGCGGGGAGUCCAACGUUCUUGUUAAGAAAAUUCACGUUGAGCAUGAGCCUGCUAGUAAUGCAUUUAUUGUUGAUGCUGAGGAUAGUUGCAACAGAGAACCUACUAUGAAAGUUGAGUGUGAUGAGAUGGAAGUCAAAUCCUUGUCAAUAGAUGAAUCUGUAAAUAAGAAGAUAGAUUGUGAUACUGUGCGAAAUAUGUUUUUGGUGGGAAUGGGAGGCUUGGGCUGUGUAGACAUAGUUGAUAUACACCCUUGCAUAAGUUCUUUGAUGCAAUCUAGAUGGGAGCUUUUUGAGAAGCAGGCUGAAAUUACUAGAAAGUGCCGUGGUAAUGCAAAUAUACAGUAUGCAUGGCUGCCUUCUUCGAAAGAAGCAAUAUCUGCACUAACAAUUUAUGGGCUUGGUUAUUCUGGACCAGCUUCAGUUAAGUCCAGAUAUGGCACUGGUGUUCACAUGACAGCUGCCAGCUUUCCAUCAAUGAGUGCAAGUUACUGUGAUAUUGACGAAAAGAAUGUACAGCACAUAGUGUUAUGUCGCGUAAUAACGGGGAAUGUUGAAGUUAUUCACCCUGGAAGUAAACAAUUUUACCCUAGUAGCAAUGAGUAUGAUACUGGAGUAGAUGAUCUCCAGAAUCCAAGACACUAUAUUGUCUGGAACAUGAAUAUCAAUACCCACAUCUAUCCUGAAUUUGUGGUUAGUUUCAAGGCUCCAUCUUUCACACAAGGGUAUAUGGUUGGAACUGAGAGUAAGCAUGAUGCUUCCGUGGUUACUUCAUCUUCACAGCCUUUAGGCCGGCUACAAAUAAAUCGCUCUACAGUUAAUAUGGAGAAUAAUAAGCAGCAGCCAAUGUCAGAUUUUGGGAGGCCUCUGGGAAGCCGAGGUCAAUUAAUUUCAGAUUCUGGAAAGUUUCAGGGACAUGCGGCAAGUCUGGGUUCUAGCACUUCAAGAAUUCCCAAAUCCCCUUGGAUGCCUUUCCCCAUGCUGUUUACUGCUAUCUCAAAAGAAGUUCUUCCAAAAGAUAUGGAUCUCAUAAAUAAGCAUUAUGAACUUUUUAGGGCAAAGAAGAUAGAUCGUGAUGAAUUUGUUAAAAAGCUGAGAUUGAUAGUUGGAGAUAAUUUGUUGAGGUCCACCAUAACGAAGCUUCAAUGCAAGAUUCCAGUGCAACCGAAGACCGAAUUAGAAGCAUUCGGGACAAAAGCUGAAGGUUGAGGAUGCCUUUAAUUGGUUGUUGGAGGAGUCGUACUGGUAUGCUGCCUGCUCUGUUUGCGCUAGCUUGCUAGAAAUGUGUCGACAUAAUCUUUUGUGAUGGCUAUCAUGUAUCUGGUUUGGAUAACUUGGUAGGUUUUAGGUAAUAAGAAACCUGUUCAAUGUUCUAUUUUCAUGCUAGUUAUUAAUUACUUUGUUGAGUAUGGUUUUAUUAUAUGCUUAAAAUACAUAUAUAUGUUUUAGUAGUUUAGUAAGGAACAUUCAUUUGCUUUUAACUUUUGUAUGGUACAUUAAGCCAGGUUGAGUAGUGUUUUUUCAAAUAUUAUAAUUACUUCUUAUCUUUUGCACA